AUGCAAUCUAUUUUACAACAAAUAGUAGAGAAUCAAUACAUUGAAGGAUUGGCUUAUAUCCUUGGUCCCGAAACUUUGGUAAUUCAAUACUCGAUAUUAUUCUUGUUCAUUUGUCUCUUUUCGAUUGGACGUUUGUGGUGCGACUACAUCGCGAUUCAAAUUGAAGAGGAAUCAAUAAGAGAAUACCAUCAGUCAAAGGUGAUAUUAUUGAAACGAAUUGGGUCGAUCGAUCUUGAAAAUAGAAAAGAUAGUAGUAGUACAUGUGUAUUCUUAUCUAAAUACAUUCAAUCGAUCAUUAUUGGAAAGUUGAUUGAUCGUAUUGACAAUCAUGGACGUGACGAACGAUCACGUCUAAUGUACAGUAGAGGAGAACCUACGGGAAGCAACAAGUUCGUUGGCCACCAUGAAUUAAUCAACAUUGCAAUGGUAUCAAAAUGGUGGUUAAAAGUAACAAGACAAUCAACACCAAAUCUAAAGAUCAAAGGUCCAUUAAAAGAAUCAUGUCUGUCAUUUUUCAACCCAGACACUGUAUCGGCUUUAAAGUGGAAUGUUAUCAAAUGGUAUGAUACGGGUGAUUAUUCAAAAUGUGAUUACAAUCAAUUUGAUUAUACAAAGCUUCCACAACUACUACAACAACUAAAAUCAAUCAAUAUUGCAACACACAAUAUAGAAGAGAGUACUUUAGAGACUGUCGAAAAAGUAGUCAAUGCAUUCCCUCAUAUAUCUCCCAACAUUCAUAUUCUCAUAAGAUCCAGUGAAUCAAAACUUGUAUGGCCCAAGAAUAUAAACAUUAUGAAAUCAAUCAAACCCACUAUCACCAUUACACUCGAAGGCGAAUUUGAAUGGCAAUACGAAGACGAUGAUUCCUUCAUGGAAGAUUUUUAUCAAAUGAUAGAUGAUUUGGACCCUUCCCACCUUAACCUUUUUUGGAAUAGUUAUAUUGAUUACUCUCUAUUACUCCAACAUUUAACACCAACGAUAAAACACCUCAACUUUCCAAACGACUCUUAUUACGGCGAGACGAUCAAACUAUCACAACUUAAACAUUAUGUCGCCAAGCCAUAUCAACUAGAAUCACUUAAUACUUGUAUUCUUUUCGAUAUGAAUCAAGAUGAAAUUGUUAUCAAUGAAGAUGGAAAUAAUGAAGACGACGGUGACGAUGAUGAUGUUAUCAAUCAAGAUGGCAAUAUUGAAGAUGGUGAAGAUGAUAUCAAUGACAAUGAUGGUUUUAUCGGUGAUGAUGCUUUUGGAAAUAGAUCAAAACAUUGGAAAGACUUUUGUUUCAAUUUGUGUCACAACAAAUCUCUCAAGAGACUCAAAUUGAAGGACAAAGAUCCAAAACAAGAAUUUUUCCAUUAUGAACGUUGGGCAAGAAAAAAAGGAAUGGAAAUAGAAUCUAAAUCAUUGACACUGGAUAGAUUAGCAUCAUCAUUUAUUCCAAUUUGGGAUAAAAACAACAAGAUUGAAUUGGUUGGAUUGACAUCACUACCACAAAUCAUAUCACCUCUAUUUUUCACAACACUUGUUAAUAAUCAAACCAUCACUACUUUAAUGUUGACACAUUAUACAUUACGUCAAGAAUAUAUUCCAUCGUUUUCACAAUUAUUGGUGAUCAACACCACAAUCAAAAGAGUCUGUAUCAGAAAUAAUCAUUUGGAAUCGAGUAAAGAGUUGGAAAUGGCAUUUAAACAAAACAAAUCAAUUAUAGAUUUGGAUAUUACUGGAAAUCAUUUUGGAAAUACUUUCUUUUCGGCAUUGUUGGAAAGUGACACUAUUCAAUAUUUGGUGAUUGAUAGAGAAAUGAAAGAUUUAAAUCACCCAUAUUUUAAUCAAUCAAAAUCAUUAAUUCAAUUCUUUUAG